AUGCGCCUCAUCGACGUAAAUUCGUUCAAGCUCCAGGAGUUCUCAGGGUCGGAUAUACCACCUUACGCCAUACUGUCCCAUACCUGGGGAGAUGCAGAGGUGUCGUUCCAGGAAUGGCAAGACCUACAAGAGGCGUCCAGAAAAGCCGGCUAUUCGAAGAUCUAUGGAGCCUGUCAGCAGGCGAAGGCCGAUGGACUUGAAUGGCUGUGGGUUGACACAAACUGCAUCGACAAGACGAGCUCAGCAGAGUUAUCUGAGGCUAUUAACUCCAUGUUCCAAUGGUAUGCCCAGUCUCAGAUAUGCUACGCAUAUUUGGUGGAUGUUCCUACGGGCACGACAAAUAAUGAAAGCGACCAGGAUGCUCUGAUGGAGCGGUUCAGAGAAAGUCGCUGGUUCACUCGAGGAUGGACCUUACAGGAACUCUUAGCCCCAACCAGCGUUGUGUUCUAUGCAUACGACUGGACCAGCAUCGGAAGCCGAGAAACGUCACUGUGUGAUGAAAUAUACCGUGCCACUGGCAUUGAUCGUGGCUAUCUCAUCAACGAUGGUACCAUGUCGCCUUUAUCUGCCGAUGCAUCAACGAAGAUGUUCUGGCUCUCGAAACGGGAAGUCACUCGUGAGGAAGAUCUUGCCUAUUGCAUGCUGGGCCUCUUCAACAUCAAUAUGUCUUUGCUAUACGGAGAGGGCAUGAAGGCAUUUACAAGACUCCAGGAUGAGAUUGUAAAGUCGGAUAACGACCACACAAUCUUUUGCUGGGAAUGGAUCUACUCGAUUACACCAAUGAACUGGUCCAGUUUUCUCGCACCCUCGCCUCUGGCGUUCAGAAACUCCCACAGGUUUCGCCGAAGAGAUCCAAAUCUCGACGAAACUGGAGGCCUUUCUAUUUAUCAAAUGACGAACGCAGGCUUGUCGAUAAAGCUCCCUAUGCUAUACAUAGGUAUGGCAGGCCACAUUGUCGCCUUGGAUGUCGAAAACAGCGAGGGAGCACAGGCAUGGAUUCAGGUCUCCGGCCACGACAAUGGGAAAACUCUAUACGUCUCAAGGCAACCAUUUCCACCUAAUCCGCUCAUGAUUCGACGUGGACUAUUUGAACCUUUGAGAUCUUCAAAACGAAAACCACUCGUUGUCCGACACAAACCCAGGGAAAGGCCGUUGCCAAUUCCGGCCUGGGUGAAACUGGAAACGUCACCUUCGACAGACUCGGCCUGGGCUGGAAGGUAUGGUAUACUACCAGUCUUUGGGUCAACCAAGCUACAGUCUGCAUGGGCCCGAUUUCAUCAGCUGUCAACCGAUUCCCACGACAGAAUUAUGUGGCUGGACAUGGUGAACAAAGGCGGAGCCGUUAAUAUCAACGAUAUUUACGUCCCCAAUAUCCUUACGAACUUGGACGAAAACCAAGAAGAAGUACGAAUUUCUCUUUAUCUCGGAUUCGUAACCGCAAAAAUGGACCAAAGCUUGAGUGGUUGGAUUUGCCGACUACAUGUUGCAACAGACCAGGCUUCGGCAGCUCCAUCCGAGGAGUCGGAAACAAUGAAAGAGGAUUUUAUGCGCGAAAUAAAACAGAACGGCGAUGUGGCCUAUGAUCGAAUGGGAGGUUUUGUGAAGGGCAUGUUGCGCGUCCAGUUUUGGGGAGAUGAGCUUCCGUACUUUAAUGGCGCAAGAGUCAGAUUGUUAUUGAUAACGCCCCAUGAUGACCCGAAGAAGGCGGUAACGAAUUUCGUCGAGAAUGACUGCGUCACGAAUGGCAGUGAAGGGUCAUCGCAGAGCUCAACAGGUGCCGUAUGGAGCCCGUAA